CUGGGCAACUGGCUGAUGAAACACUGUUGAAAUACCUCCUGUGUUUUCAUUGUUUUGGCGUAAUAUCUGCUUUAUUUUGAGCAGAAAUAUGAAGUGAUGUUCAUUGUGCAAUGUGGAUUGCCUGCAUGUACCAUUAAUUGGAAGAGACGCUGCAAAUGGCAUACUUGUUAGACGUGUCUGACAAUGUCGAUUUCGGCUCUUCUUUCGAGACGGCAGAUGUAAACAAAGCCCAUAACCGAUGCAGCUUACCGCCAGAGAUUGAGGAGGGCAAUGUUGAAUAUAAACUAAAGCUUGUGAACCCAAGUGAAGCAAGGCUUGUACAACUUGUGACACAGUUGAAAUGGAGACUGCAGGAAGGUCAAGGCGAAGCUAUAUAUGAAAUAGGAGUUGAAGACAAUGGCAUUAUGACCGGACUCACCAGAAAAGAACUGAACCUGUCAUUGGAGACAUUACAGAGCAUGGCUUCCAAACUCGGCUCAGAGGCCACUGUUUUGCGAGAGCAAGUGGUUGAUGGAUGUGAUGUUGAUAACAAUGAAAAAUUGGUGGCUGAAGUUCUUGUUCGUAAGGUUUCAGAUGAUCACCAGUUUAUCGAUAUUCGCUUGGCAGUUCUUGGUAAUGUUGAUGUUGGAAAGAGCACACUCGUUGGUGUGUUGACACAAGGGGAGUUGGAUAAUGGUCGGGGGCGAGCAAGACUCAAUCUCUUCAGGCAUCUUCACGAAAUUGAAUCCGGUCGUACAUCAAGCAUCAGUCAUGAAAUUCUUGGCUUUGACAGCAAAGGACAGGUUUUGAACUACAAUGAUUCUGGAAGUGCAGAGGAGAUUUGUGAGAUGUCCUCAAAAAUCAUCACGUUCCUUGACUUGGCUGGCCAUCAUAAAUAUCUCAAGACAACGAUAUUUGGACUUACUGGUCAUAUACCUGAUUAUGCAAUGCUGGUCAUUGCUGCCAAUGCAGGAGUGGUUGGUACCUCGCGUGAGCACCUUGGUCUGUGCAUUGCUCUCGAUGUUCCAAUGUUUAUUGUUGUCAAUAAAACCGACACAUGCACGGCUUCUAUGACUGAGCGAACUAUUAAAGGCCUGGAGAGAGUUCUCAAGUCACCUGGCUGCAAAAAGAUCCCAUUACGUGUUUCAAACCCGGACGAUUCCGUAGUUGCCGCGGCCAACUUAGUUUCAAACAGGACGACUCCAAUCUUCACAGUGUCCAGCGUCACAGGACAAGAUUUGGAUCUUCUGACGCAGUUUCUAAAUGUGAUUCCCCCACGUCAAAGUAAGGAAGAACAGGAGACGUUAAUGCAAGAGGAUCCCGAAUAUCUGGUGGACGAAACUUUCAAUGUUCCUGGAACUGGGCUUGUUCUUGGAGGAACCCUGAUGAGAGGUUUGAUACGAGAGGGUGACGUCAUGAUGUUAGGACCUUCUGAACAUGGAGAAUUUCAUGAAAGCAAAGUUAUGGCAAUUCGUCGAAAUCGCGUCCCCUGUCGCCAUAUCAAAGCAGGCCAAUCAGCAACUUUGGCACUUUCUGGUGUUGAAAAAACAUUCAUCCGUCGUGGAAUGGCCUUGCUUUCUCUAUCAUUGAAACCUGCCUGUUACUCGGCUAUUGAGGCGAGCCUGUUUCUUUUAUUCCAUACAAGUGAGUUAUCGGAGGGUUUCCAAGGCACUUUACACGUGGGAAAAAUUGUCCAGACGGUAACCAUCGAAAAGAUUUCUCAGCCUUUAAAAACUGGCCAAUGGGCGACCGUGACUUUCAAAUUUCUGAGAAAUCCAGAGUUUGUCAGAACAGGAUCAAAGAUAUUUUUCCGUCAAGGUAGAACAAAAGCUAUGGGAACAAUCUUAAAAACUUUUCCGUUUGAAAACAAAGUUGACAGGUGAACUACGAUUGGGCCGAGUCGUACUGCACUGCACUAUUCACCGUAAAAAGACCUGGGGCCGGUUGUAUCAAGCCCGUUUACCUUAAACGGUGGAUAAGUCAAAAUUAAAUAACACUUUUACA